AUGUCUAGCUCUGUAUUUCCGCUUCUUCGGCUUCCCAACGAGCUCCUCAUGUAUAUCGCCGACUUCCUCGGUCCGCCCGACUUCCCAAGCUGCAAUCCUGGCUGGCUGGUCCUCCCCGCCGUCUGCACACGCUUACGCGCGGUAUUCCGAAGCUCGCUCGACCCCUCAGCUGGAGAGCUCUCCGGUCACACUUACGCGGCAGAAGAGGAAGAAUGCAACGUGUACUGGUCCUGCUCCCCUCCGGUAUACAGCGGGGGGAACGUCGCCUUCGCGCACUGGUCUCUGCAUCUCAAAGCCGAAGAGGACGCAGGGUCGUACGGGUGGGAGGCGAUCGAUCGGCACCUCGGCUUUCCCCUCCUCCUGCACGGACCGCACUGCCUCAACACUACAUGGAUCACUACGCUCAUCUUGGAAUGCGAGGCCUGGGAGGUCGGCGGCGCGUGGGACUACUGCACUUUCCAGUAUGCGCCGUGCUUCGUCGCGCCGGCGCUGCGAUGGCUGGACCUCAGGAAUUAUGUUGUUGAUUGGCGGUGUCGGGGGUUGGAGUUCCUCAGCGUGCGGAUGGACAGCGAGAAUUAUAUGUACUAUCGGUAUCCUGUGGCACACCUCUUCGAGCGUCUGGUCGAGUCGCGGCAGACGCUUCAAAGAGUCGAUCUGGCACAUUGUCUCCAGACGCGAUAUAAAGCUGACGGGGCUGAGGGAGUCAUCCCCGACGCGUUAACCUUCCCAAACCUAAACAAGUUCGAGCUCAAGACCGCAACCAACGAAGCAGUCUACUUCGCCCAACGCAUAUCGUUCCCUUCGCACUGUCUACCAACAUUCAACGUCCACGGCUCCGCCAUCGGCUUUCUACACUGUUUCUCCCGGGAUUCUAAUCCUCACGGUGGCAAGACUCAGAUGAAUGCGCUAACAAUCCGCGAGGCCGCGCGCACUUCCGGAUACGGGUGCACCGUCACGGGAAGCAGGAUAUCGGGGAUGGACGAGCUGGCGCUACAUACGUAUGCAUCGGAGCGUGUACCGCGUUUGGAUCGGUAUGGGUACGGGCAGGAGAUCGGACGGCUUGAUGGGAAGACUCCGGGUUUUGAGCCUGUCUUCAUAGCCAACCUCGAUUGGAGCGUGGCCGCAUGGAGUGACCCUCAGUCACUCGGAAUGUCAUCGACAUCGGUCGGCCCGGGCGAUAUGCAAGGCGUACGAUACAUCUUCGUGAACGGCAAAAAGGGCCGGCUAUUCAAACGCGGCACCGCGAGCGCGGACGUGUGGACGACGCUCCUCCGCCAUCUCCCGAACGUACGCGCGCUAUACGUCAACGCGCCGUCGUACGACGCUCUCUCUCCGCUUCUCUCCAUACCUAAACCCGACGAGCCCGUUCUCUUGCCUGAGCUCCGGCUGUUGUGGCUAGGGUGCGCGCCGGGGCGGCCGAAGGAGGACGUGGACGCUGGGUGGCUGCUGGAUAUACUCGCUGUGCGCGCGGGGAGGGCGCCGGAUUUGGAUGUGGAUUGUAUGCCGGAGUGUAUACGGCUUGUGGGGGAUGUGGGGGAUGUGCAGCACUUUUCGUGA